UUGUCGACGACAGCGCCGCGCAAGACGCGCACAGUGUUUUCACACGUUUUCGUGGGUUGUUAGAGCGAUUUUUUAGAAAUAUAUCGAAUAAAUAAAAUUCGCCAAGAUGAAUAUGUCAGUGGAGAAGAAGAAAUACCCGUCUGCACUGCCAACAAACUGGUCGACAAGGGAAGAAGUACCGAGGAAGAGUCAGAACCAAUUGACGUCUACCGGGAAAGUUGACGUUAAUUACUACAGUCGAGGCGUGAAAAACGGAGCGUCACUCGUACCACCAAUUAGACAAACGGCUUCUAUCUUCAAACAACCAGUGACGGUGUAUAAGACACAAGAAGGAAGGGUAAAAGACAUCAAACAUGGGAAUCAAGAGAAGCCUAAGCAGGAAGGAGCCGAUAAAACUGACGGGAAACACAACUCCCAAGAUAAACCUAAACAGCUAUUCUGGGAGAAGAGAUUAGAAGGACUCAGAGCCUGCGACCCGGAUGGUUACGAGUUCGAUGCAAUGGACCUGCCAAAAACAUUGAAGCCCGUUGGUCCUUACAUCACGGAAGAAACUUUGCUGCAGAGCGUAGCCACCGCUUUGCACGUAUCCUCUCAACCGGUGACCGGCCAAACGGGCUCUAAAACGGCCCUGGAAAAGAACCCUGGCGUUUUCCUGAACCCCGAUCAACCUCUAGUCCAGGCUGUCACGAUAACGGACGAAGACAUCAAACGCCAGGAGGACCGAGUGGCGUUAGCGAGGAAAAAACUUCAAGAUGCGUUACGAGCCAUGUCCGCCUGAGUCGGGCAUUACUUUAGUCAUAAUUCACCAAUUUCCCUUUAUUCCCCUCCUAGUUUUAAGCGCGACGUAAAUUAUGACCCCUCGAUUUUGUAAUAAACGUUUU